CAGCGGACCGCCUGCCUUGGGCCUCCACUCACCGGCCCACAUGGCCUCGACUUUCCCCACCGCCAUCGCUCCGCCUCAGCCGCUCCGGCUCCGGCUCCGGAGCCGGGAUUUCCCUUCCUCCCGCGAUACCCGAUGUGUCUCCUUGGGCCUCGCCCCUCUGAAGGACGAGGCUCCGCAUUGGUUGAAGCCCCUACGACCAAUCCGAGCGGGCUUUGUUCCGAUGUCCGAUAUUCUUUCAACUGGAGCGUGAACGGUCCAGAUGCACAGAAUGGGUCUUCUUUCAGCUCUGACUCGAGGCCUUGUCCGAGGGGCAGACCGAAUGAGCAAAUGGACAAGCAAGCGAGGGCCCCGAACCUUCUACAAAGGUCGUGGAGCCAAGUUUACAGGCUUUACCUCAGGUGGGAAGUUUGUGAAGGUGAAGGAAAUGGUCCCUGAGUUUGUGGUUCCAGAUUUGACAGGCUUCAAACUCAAACCAUAUGUGUCCUAUCGUGCUCCAGCUGGCACAGAUGAACCACUGACAGCCAAGCAACUCUUUAUGGAAGCUGUAGCACCCUCUAUUGAAAAGGACUUUAAGGAAGGAACUUUUGACCCUAAAAACCUGGAAAAGUAUGGCUUUGAGCCCACCCAGGAAGGCAAGCUCUUCCAGCUAUAUCCUAAAAACUAUGUGCAAUAAUAAAGGACUGUCUAAUCAGUAA